UUUCAUUCUCUGAAGUGUUAGUCGCCGCCUCUCAACCUAAUCUCUUCCCUUUUAUUCUCUGUCUCGUCCUCUCUUUCUAUUUUUUUUUCUUGUUUUCGUGGAGGUUUUCAGACUUGUUACUAAGAUGUCUGAUCUAGACUAAGUAACAUGAAAACGUAUGCUUUUUUUUUGGGAUUUUGAUUAUCCCGGAAUACAUAUUUUUUUACGUUACUUAGUCCAGUAUCAGCCAUCUAUCAUCUUGCUUGUUAGCAAAGAAAGGUUUUUUGUUUGUACAUUGCAAUGCUUUUAACAAGGCCCAUGGAUAAAAUCCAGUUUAGGUGGCCUGUUAACACCACCCAAAAUUGGCCCAAGUAGACCUCUUGUUCGAUAUUAGGCGGUGAUGUUUGAUUCCGGCUUGACUUAGGAAGUUACAAAAUUACCCAUGGCUACUUGCUUGUGUAUUUGUUGUGUUACCAAGGGGGUAAAAUCGAAGUUAGCACACACCACCAAAACCCUAAAAAAAAUAACUCAAUCCACAGCGACAGAGCUAAAGACCAUGUCUCUUAGUUCUCUCGUUCAACCCGGCAAGAAAACCAUGUCUGAUAUUUUCCCCGGCGAUUACGCAACCGCUGAGACAGGCGUCUUUUGGGACAUAGAACAGUGCGAGAUCCCUGUUGGUGAACUCAAUGCUAAUGAGGUUUUGGAGAAAAUAAGAUCGAAUCUUUCGAGUUUUGGUCAUCGUGGUCCUCUCUCAAUAAGGGCUUAUGGUGAUUUAACUGGUCAUGACUUUCCAGCUGGAGACAUUAAGCUCAAUCACUUCCCCGCAGGACACAGAUACGCGAGACAGAAACAGAUGCUUGAAGACCUUGUUUCAUGGUCAGCUGAACAUCCAGAACCGUGUACUUUGAUGCUAAUAUUGGGAGACACCUCUCAUGACUUCGUCGAGGUUGUUGGCCGUUUGAAAUCCACGAAAAAUUACCAAGUUCUCCUAAUUCAACCGGGUGAUGAUGAUCCUAUCGACCAAAGCGGAAGUGUGGACAAUAAUAAUAUGCGGAACCGGAAGAAACGUCGUCGUUGUACUUGCACUUGUAGAGGAAGAAGCUUCUCACUCGGUGUUGCCUAUAAGCUGAAGAUGAAGUGUAAGAGAUGUCGUAUAAAAAAAUCGAAAUCACCUAAAGUUGAAAAGCAAAGCGGAAGGUCUAGGGAGCGAAGCAGUGUUGCAAAACCCAAUGGAGACGAAUGCAGUGUUGGGAACGAUAGUGUUAUUUCUAUCAAUUUUUACUUUUGAAUGAUGUCCCACGGCAGUCAGUACGUAGUAUCUUUGUGUGUGUGAAAACAUUGACGUUGUUUCAAUCUUUGUUCUGUUUAACUCAGUUUUGGGGUUUUUUUUCUUCAUAUUUCUCUCUUUA